CUCUUUUCUCUUCUUCUUCCUCAGGUUGCUUCCCACGGUUCACCUCUGAUGGGCGGGCCGGCGGGCGCUUCCAGCAGCUUCUCAGGCCUGCGCUGCAGAAAUGCAAACGAGGACUGGAUGUCGGAGCUGUGUCCCCGGCUGUGGGAUGUGCCCCUCCACCACCUCUCCAUCCCAGGGAGCCACGACACCAUGACCUACUGCCUCAACAAGAAGUCACCCAUUUCCCAGGAGGAGUCCCGGGUGCUGCAGCUGGUCAACAAGGCGUUCCCCUGCAUCACGCGCCCCGUGGUGCUGAAAUGGUCCAUCACACAGGUGCUGGACGUCACGGAGCAGCUGGACGCCGGCGUGCGUUACUUAGACCUGCGGAUCGCGCACAUGCUGGACGGGUCUGAGAAGAACCUGCACUUCGUUCACAUGGUCUACACCACGGCGCUGGUGGAGGUACGGCCGGGCCGGGGGGACGCACGGGGGGUGCUCAGGAGGCGGCCGGCCUCCUGUGGGGAAUGAGACGGCCGUAGGGAC